UCUCUCUCUCUCUCAUACACACAAAAAAACACACACAAUCUCUCUCUCUCUCUCCUCUCAUCAAGCAAAAAAAGACACAAGACAACAACAGCAACAACAAUGGCAUCUUCCACCGCCAAGGUUUCGUUCCGCAUAGUAAUGGUAAUCCUCUUACUCCUCGUCCUCUUCUACGUCGGCCGCCCUCUCUACUGGAAAAUCUCCGCCACCGUCCACGACAUCCGCCACAACAAACAGACCGUCAAACAAGGUCUGUCCCAGAUCGUUCUCGAAGCUCAGAAAUCUGUCGGGUGGUACCACGACGAGUCCGACUCGGGUGUCCGUGAAGACCGUGUCGCCACGACACGUCGUUUUCUCGAAUAUGGUGAGGUGGCAAGUGUCAACAUCAUUUGCUGAUACAAAAUUUUCAAAAGAAGACCAUUUCGCUUGUCUCUCCCAUAAGCCUUCUCUCCUCUCUUUUGCUUCACAUACUCUCUCUCCCCUCUUUGUCAUCCUUCUCUCAUUCCUUGUUAGAUUUCCCUUUUUCUUCUUCUUUUCAACCAAGCUCUCACCCAUACCUUCCCAGAUUUGGGAAUCACAAUGGAUUGGCAUGGAUGGGAAUGGUGUUGUGAGUGUGGCCAUUUGUGUGAAAUGGUGAUAUGAGUGCAUGAUGGGUCUCAGUGGUGUGCAUGUUUGGUUGAGUUUGGUGAUUUAAGGUGUUAUUAUGGGGUUUGUCGUGAAUCACCGUUUGCUGUGAGGGUGAGCAUUUGGGAGUGUUGUGCAGUGGCCGGUGAUAUUGAUAAUUUGGUGUUGGUGAAUUUGGGAUUGCAAUCCUUCUUUCCAUCGAUGUCGUUCAAUUGCUCUAAAGACUUGAUGGACCCUAAGGAUGUGGAAGAUGAUGACAAGCUCACUAGGGUUUUGGGCACUGCACUGGUGGAGAACAACGUGCUGGGAUGGUCGGUUCAGAAUCUGGAGCAGUUGAACAUUUGAAUUUGAAUAAGAUGGAAAAUGAAUAAGCUGGUUCUUAGUAGUCUGGCUAUCUAUGGUAGAGAAGAGGGAGAAAAGAGAUGAGAAGGAAUGAUCUCACUGAGCGCAACAUUUCAUGAAUUAUGCUGACAAUUACAGCUUCUCUCUUUUUUCUUUUUUUUAGCACAGGGGAGUAAGUCUCACAAACGAAAAUUUAGGCCUUAGUGUACUUCCAUGUUUUAAACCUUAAAGUCAAAGAAAAACCACAUGGGUGGUAAUUGUAAUUAUUC